AUCCAGACUCCUAUUGGUCUAUCGCCCGGGAAGUAUGGGAAAUAUCCAACAUGGCUGCGCCCAUCGUAAAAUUUGCGUAAUCGCAAGUUUUUAUCAAGAAAUUACCAUUUUCCUAUCACUUUCACCUCCGAUCUACCACUUUUCGUCAGUUUUUGAUCAAAGACUACACUAACAACAUCCAGGACAAAAGCUAGGACGAAAUUCGCAGGCGUUUUCGAGAUAAUUUGAGAUUUUGAUGGCGUCCGGCGAUGCUCAAGUGACGCCUGCGGGUCGUCUGAAGUUGUUUCGGCACGUGAAGGGUGAGCAUCUGUUUGCGGGGGUGAGCGGAGGGGUCAUCUCAACACUCGUGCUGCAUCCGCUGGACCUCAUCAAGCUCAGAUUCGCAGUGAGUGAUGGUCUUGCGAGCAGACCGACGUACCAGGGGAUCCUGGACUGUGUCCUGGCCAUCUACAGGGCACGGGGAUUCCCAGGGCUGUAUGCAGGGGUAACACCCAACGUGGUGGGAGCCGGAGCCUCGUGGGGGCUGUACUUCCUAUUCUACAACGCAACCAAGCAGCACUGGCUGGAAUGGCAGGGCAUGCAGCCAAAUGGCAACCUGGGACCAGGCAAACACAUGGUGGCAGCAGCUAAUGCAGGAGUGAUAACACUGGCGUUCACUAACCCUAUCUGGGUGGUGAAGACGCGUCUGUGUCUGCAGUACGAGAACGAGAUGAGGAACGUGGCCGUUGGGAAGCGGUACCGGGGCAUGGCCGACGCACUGGCCAAGAUAUGGAGACACGAGGGCAUGAAGGGGAUGUACAAGGGCUUCGUGCCAGGGUUGCUAGGUGUAUCCCACGGUGCUUUGCAGUUCAUGUCAUACGAGGAGUUGAAAACACAGUACAACUUGUACCGAGGGACACCCAGGGACACUCAUCUGAAUCCCCUGGAGUACCUUACGAUGGCAGCACUGUCCAAAUUGUUCGCUGUGUCCACAACUUACCCAUACCAAGUGGUCAGGGCCAGAUUACAGGACCAACACAACAAGUAUGAUGGGGUUAUUGAUGUAGUUAGGAAAACAUGGAGAGGAGAAGGCAUGGGUGGUUUCUACAAGGGAAUCAUACCCAACCUGCUCAGGGUCACCCCUGCCUGCUGUAUCACGUUUGUCGUCUACGAGAACUUCAUCAACUUCUUCAAGAAACCCAAGGACAGCAGCUGAUAAUGGUGAAAUACUGUGACUUGACAUUAGAAUUUUUUAUUUGGUUAUCAUGCUAUAACCUAACCUUACUGUGUGGUAUAUAUAUAUACAUUUCCUGUCAUGUAGUAUCACGACUUUUCAUUACACUAUGAGUCUUUGACAUAUAUUUGGUUAUCACACUAUUACAUAAAAUAUAUUGUAAUAAAACUUAGAAAUUAUGGCCAUCUAUUGAGUGUGGUAUUUUGAAGUGUAGUAAUAUGUAAUUUACAUUACAGUACAUAUGUAUGCCUGUAUUGAACAAUUGUACAUGUAUGUAUCGUAUGAAGCAAACAUAAGUUGAAAUAGCCAGUGAAGAAGUUACUGGCACAGGAUAUAUUACUCUCAGAACUUGUCGUGCUUUACCUUUACAUUUUGCACUAAUAUUUACAUAUAUUACGAUGAAAGAAAAUUAUUGCAUUUCUGUUCGUGGAAGGUUGGGGUCUUAUUUGGGAAUAGGUGGUGUUUGGUGAGAUGAUGUAUGUUACGAAGAGGGUUCCCUUCUAGGCAAGCCAUUUUGUACAUGCGUAUACAGAGUUGGGUAAUGCAAUAGUGUGGUAUAGGCACGAAAUCAUGCAUCCUGGCAAAAUAUGACGAUAUGACUAUGCUUGAGCAGUAUAUAUAUACUUAACAUGACAUUUAGUUGCAAUUUUGUGACCUUAACAGGCUGUUUAUAGAUAGGUUCUAUUUUUAACUUGAUAAGUAAAGGAGAUGUUCUAACAAUUUGAGUUAGCAAACAGAUCAGAAUAUGGUGUGUGUUCGAGUAAGGUAGAAGUUAGAAGUAACAUGAAGUACAUGUACUUCAAGUCAGAUUAGGUGAUAUGGGAAUGGACAAUGGAAUAUUUCAGACAUGCCAAUUUUAUUUGCAAUUUUAAGUAAUAAAGUCUAUA